AUGGAUUCUGGGUAUUACACUAAUCUCCUAGUCAAUGGUGUUCAAGAAUCUCAAGCACCUCCUAGUGAUGCAAGAAUUCAACAUGGAGAAGCAACAGCCAAGAGUUGUCAGGGUAGAAGCAAAAAUUUUAGAGAUGAUGAAGACAUUCUUCUUGUGUCAGCUUGGCUAAAUGUGGGCAUGGAUCCUAUUCAAGGAGUUGAUCAAAGACAUGGCACACUGUGGACAAGGAUACAUGAUUAUUUCAAUGCAAACAAGAUGUUCGACUCAAAUCGUUCUGAAGGAUCUUUAAUGAAUCGUUGGUCUAGUAUACAACAUGAUGUUAAUCUGUUUUGUGGAUGUCUGUCUAGGAUUGAGGCUAGGAACCACAGUGGGUGGUCAAUUGAUGACAAGAUCGCAAAUGCAUGUGCAAUGUUCAAGGCCGAAGAUCCGAAGGAAAGGAAAUUUUCAUUCCUGCAUUGCUGGAAAAUCUUGAAGGACAAGCCAAAGUGGAUGGAUAGACGGAAGGAAAUUGGAAGUGCAAAAAAAUCAAGCAAUAAGAAACAGAAGACAACGACAAAUUCUUCUCCAGCAUCAGUUGCUGCUGCUAUUGCCAUAGAUGCCCCUUUGGGAGGUGUUGAUCAUGAAGAACCGUCAGGAAGACCCGACGGUAAGAAGAAGGAGAAACAGAAACUCCGGCAAUGUUCGACCAUGGAAGCAGUAGACUAUCUAAUUGCAAAGAAGAAAGAAUCUGACAUUCAGAAAGAAUUGAAGAAAGAGGAGAGGUGCAACAAAGCCUUUGCUCUACAGGAAGAAAGGCUCAAAUUGGAGAAAGAAAAAUUUGCGUUCCAAAGACAGUUAGAAGAGGAUAGAAUUAUUGAUUUGGACCUGAGCAACAUGAACUACAAGCAACAACAAUAUUAUGAAGAUCGUCAGAACGAGAUUCUUGCAAGACGUCUGAAUGUCUAGAGUUGUCUAGUUAUAGUUAUAGUGUCCCUGAUAAUUUUUCUAGAUUCUUGU